CUAUCACUAUCAUUGACGUGCAGGAUAGGGGCUGCAGCCUUCAAGGUCAAACGGUAAGGUCAAACGGUUCCGACUGUCAAACCACAACCAGGUCCGGUACGUACAGACAGUGCUUGUGCUGCGCAUAACCACAACACGCACGGAGAGUAACAUGCCUCUGCGUACGUGGUAUACAGCCAGAGUCGUACAACCCUCCAAAACAGCCUCCAUUCUGGUGUUAUUCGCCACAGUGAGCCGGUUGGAUGUGUGUUUUCACGUUUCCAGUUGUUUCCUGCAGUUCCAGUGUAAUUUUUACAGUACACCUUCGCAGUGAAGAUGGCUCAAGACCAUGUAUAUAAGGUCCUAUUCUUUGUACAGUCAGCAGCUUUCAUUGUGCUUAUCAUCAACUACUCGCAGACUUCAUAUGAUAUUCAGAAACCAAUCAAGCUGUCCGUAGCACCGACCGAUGUUACAAAUGCUUGCAACUGUAAUGUUACUCAAAGAGAACAGGAAGAUGAGGCGGCCCGCUUGUGCACACCUGUCAGGAAUGACAAGCCCGGGUCACUUUCUAACUGUACCCUAGCAGACAUCAUGAAGAGACCUGGAGUGAUGUUACUGACUUCAACAAACCUUGGCUUCCUGGAUAUAACAUUGAACAUGCUGGAGAGCAUUAAACGGAUCGGUGUCUGUGUGAAUAUUACCAUCUUUUCAGAGGACCAGAAAUGUUACCGGUAUCUGAGCGAGAGAGCCGAGGGUGACCCAGCAGUGCAUGUGGUGUUGACUAACUCAGGAGAAUCCACUAGCAAGGAGAUACUACGCACUGAACGCCACUCGUACUACGCACUCUUCAAUAAGCGCCAAGCUUAUCUCCUUGCUAUGCUAGAACAAGGAUUAGAGGUUCUCUUCUCAGACGCCGACACUUUUUGGUUCCGAGACCCAUUUCCGUAUUUUCAAGGAGACUUCGAUAUUUCUUUAAUAGACUCGAUCUCGCCAUAUCCGCUUCGAACACCACGGGGGGAUUUCUGCGCUGGGUUUGUAUACUACAAGCCGACGGAUGCUACACUGCAGCUUGUAAAAGCUUGGAUUCAGACAAUGCAGGAAAAUGACAAAAAGGGAAAGCUCCUUGCUGACCAAAGUGUGUUGAACGGUCUCUUGAAAGCUGACAAACCUGUACACAUCAACAUUAAACCUCUCGACACCAAUAUAUUCCCCUAUGGACCCAAGUUUUAUUCGCUCUUAGCGAAAAAGGCAAAUUACCCCACAGUUGUAAUGCAUGCCGCUAGCAUUCGCGGGCGAGCCGCUAAAAUCGCAAAAUUCAAAAGUUCAAACAUGUGGUUAGUAAACAGUACUAUUGAAGAAAUCGCAUCCCAACUGUGAAUCUUUGAAGAGAAAUUGAAAAAAAAAAGGUAUAGUGCCGAAUAGCGUACCUAUCUAAUAUUUUUUUCCAGACGGAACACCAUUUGGUUUGUUCUUCAUAAGGCCAAAAAAUAAGAGGGUGAAUUGCCCUUAUCCGACCGACCCAAACAUCUGGAAAUCUCCGGUCUUUUUUUCUUCACUAGUUUUUUUUAGAUAAACUUUAACCUUACUUUGUAAUGCCAUAAUUUCGUUACAAAUCGUACAUACCUAACUGUGGCACAGUUCAAAUUUACUGUAUUUUGUGCCUGUAACUGAGGCUGAUGCUUUGGCAUGUGGUGUGAUGUACUGCAUACAUUGUAGACAUGUGUACAUGUACAUGCACUGGACAUUGUACAGGGCGAGUCAUAGAGUAAGUGACCGGAAAUAAUUAUUUUUUUCCCCUAAAAAGUAAUCAAAUUUGAAACACCGAUAAAAUAUAUCUUAAACGAGCAUGUUCUUCCACUCCGAUAUAAGAGUUACUGAAAGUGACUUGUGUUAUCAGAGGUAAUGUAUGUUUUACUAAAAGAAGCCAUUUUAUAGCUGUCCAUGGAAUGCCAUUGGAAGCUAUUGAGCCGAGUAAGAAUUACAAAUUACACGCAAGCAUUCAAAUACAAUGAGUUUUUUUAUCAUUUAAAUUAAGACUAAAACAGUAUACUUACCGUCAGAUUUUGUGUUUUGAAUAUGAGGAACAAGUCAUCUGUCUUUUUUUCUGAAAUACUGAUGGCGAUUUUGGUAUGUUUUCAUUUGCAAGUUCUCCAUUCAUCGAGGUGGGAAAACGUCCAUGUUUCAUUGUAUGUAAUGAGGAUUCAUCAGUUCGUAGAACGGUAAAUGAUCAGUGGUGGACAGCUGAAAUAAAAUAGACGUAACUAAUUGGGAAUGGGGUACACAAAUUAAGUGAAAUUUUCACAGUUACUAGUCAAUAACAUGUACCUUAUACCUGUGUUUUUUGUAUGGAAUGGAGUGAGCCACAUAUUUUUUAAAAUAUGUUUUUCUAAUUCGAUCACUUUCUUUUUGACUCUUCCCGUAUAGCAUGCAUAUACAUCUUCUAUUAUUUGUCUGGUUUACUUGAAAAAUACCAUGUCGGCACUGACUAAUGUGGCUGAUGAGACCGACUUACAAUGAGUUUAACAUUACUAAUAAUACGUAUGUACAAUAAAAAAACUUGAUUUAUACAAUAUGUAAAACGUUGAUCAGGUAUAAUAAGGUAAUCAGAAUUUACUCUAAACGUUAUGGAAGGAUAGUAGCAUAAACAUAGGAUUAGGUAAAAAAAGAGGUGUAAAGUCAUAUUUGCUAUUAAUUUAAUACACAUUUAACAAAAUUGGCGUCUUCAAGGGUGUCAGUGGGAUUUGGGUGAGCAAAUGUCCCCCGCCCACCCUCGAAAAAAA